GUGCACUGUUUCUCUCUAGAACCUCCCAUAAUCUUCCUACUCCCCUUUUAAAUUCCACAUAUUCUCCUCGCACAACACAUAGCAAAAACUAUCCAAAGCAAAACGUUCGACAAACACAAAAUCUCUCUUCAAAAAAGAAAUGGAUUUCAGGCUAAUGGGUUUGGAUUCUCCACUGUUCAACACUCUGCAUCACAUAAGGGACCUCACCGAUGAUACUACCGACAAGAAUCUAAACGCUCCAACAAGAACAUACGUUCGCGACGCAAGAGCAAUGGCUGCAACUCCAGCGGACGUGAAAGAGCAUCCAAAUUCAUACGUGUUUGUGGUGGACAUGCCUGGGUUGAAAUCUGGUGACAUAAAGGUUCAGGUGGAAGAUGAGAAUGUGCUAUUGAUAAGUGGCGAGAGGAAGAGAGAAGAAGAGAAAGAAGGUGUUAAAUAUUUGAAGAUGGAAAGAAGGGUUGGUAAGUUAAUGAGGAAAUUUGUGUUACCUGAGAAUGCGAAUAUUGAAGGUAUCUCUGCUAUUUAUCAAGAUGGUGUUCUUACUGUUACAGUUAAUAAAUUGCCUCCACCUGAACCUAAGAAACCAAAAACUAUUCAAGUUAAGGUUGCUUGAUCGGUGUUCGAUUUCAUGUUAACAAAUCAGAAGGAAUGUUUGUCUUUUUAGUUGGUUUUUGAAGCAAUGGUUUUGUGUGUUUUCAGAGUUGGCCCUAUAGGACAAUGAUCAUGCGAUGUAAUGUGUAAUGAAUUUUAGUUACUUGAUGUUUCUGCUCGUAA